UUCAUCCAGGGGUGGACUGACAACUCAUGGGGCCCCCGGGCAAUAGGGGAUCAUGGAGCCCCUGUGUCCUUGCCCAAACUCAAAAAAGCCUAUGAAAAAGGUACCAGGGUCAUCUCAUGGGGCCCCUAUUGACCCCAGGCCCUCGGGCAGUGCCCGAGUUUCCAAAUGGUCAGUCUGCCCCUGGGUUCAUCAACAAAUCAGAAAGAUGGAAAGAAAGGGAAGGUAGUGUAGCCACGUGACCAUGGAAAAAAGGUAUGUACAGUAAAUGUCUUGUUUAAAAAAAAAAAAAAAGAGAAAUUUUAUUUUAUAUGUAUAUAUGGCU